CAUUUGGGAACAAUAGAUAAGUUCAUUUUUUUCCAAAACACCGACUCACAUUCUAUUCAUUGGAGUUGCCUGGUUGCACUAUUUACAAUUAAACAAAGAUCAGUGUAAUUUCUUACUGUGAUAUCGUCAUAAGCACGACGAAAGUUGUUUGUGUCGGAUCAGGAACAAGCGGUUUGUGCAUUGAAAGAUCCUAGGGUGGGAUUCGCUGGCGAUAUAAGGUAAUAAACCAUGUCUGAGCCAUUUCUCAUCAAGCACCGGUCAUCUGGGAAGUUCUUCCAUCCCGAAAGUGGAAUGAAGAGCCCUGACAAUGGCACGGAGGUCGUUCUUCACAGCGACAUUCACAGCAACAUGCACUGGCGCUUUUGCAAAGAAAAAGAUUAUUGGGGCUACAUCGAGCACGUCGGCAGUGGCAAGUGUAUACAUCCGCAAAGCGGCAUUCUCUCACCCGAGAACGGCGAGAAGCUGGUCCUCCACGGCGACCGACACUAUGGCGCACUUUUUGCUCUCGAUGGCAAAAACAAUCACAUUAUUCACACGGGCGGCAGAUAUGCUCAUCCAGAAAGUGGAGGUCAUUCGCCAAGUAAUGGAAACAAGGUCGUCCUCCACUCUGACAAACACAACAACAUGCUUUUCCAGUUCGUUUCACCACAAGACCAAAGUAAAGAGGUUCUUGUAUACGGCAGCCCAAACGUCACCGGUAAGUGGGAGAUAAUCAACGCCGUCAUCGACCCGAAGGCCGAGCAUAAGAGUAAAAUCUCUGUCAAGAUUGGCAAGUCCAAGACGGAAAGCACGACUUCGACGUUUGAAUACAAUUGGGAGUCUUCUAUUGGCGUGGAGAUCAUGGCAAUUACAGCCUCAGUUAGCCAAUCGCAGAGGUCUAUGAUUGAGAACACUUCGUCUGCAACGUGGUCAGAGGAAACAACAAGAACAAAGGAAAUUACCGUUUCACCUGGGAAGACCGUCGUAACCUGGCAGUACAAGUUCGCCGUAGAGCAGAAUGAUUCACGUGCCCUGUUCCAGAGUAAUCUAUUGGCUGACACCGAUAGCGAGACGACCGUUCCAUUGGACUUCAAAUACAGCGUCUAAUCAGCGUAUGGCGUGAGACCACAGUUAUUUUUACUAUAUGUUUCAUAUAGACACUAACCUGGCUUUUGACUUUAUACACACCCCAAUUGAAAAACAAGGACAUGGCAUCUCUAGAACAAUUCAAGACACAAAA